AUGGUGGAGCAGGGCCUCAUCGAAGAAUGGAAACGUACGAAGACGAUAGGCAUCAUCGGCAUGGGCGAUAUGGGCCAGUUGUAUGCUAGAAAAUUCGCCCAAAAUGGAUGGAAGGUAGUAUGCUGUGAUCGCGAGGAGAACUACCUCAAAUUGCAAAACAACUGUCUCGACGAACGAUACACAGUGCUAAAAAACGGCCAUUUCGUUUCAAGAAUUAGUGAUUAUGUUAUUUACAGUGUGGAAGCAAAACUUAUAGACAAAAUCGUGGGCGAGUACAGUGCGUCCACAAAGAUUGGAGCCAUUGUUGGAGGCCAAACAAGUUGCAAGAGCCCCGAAAUCAAAGCUUUUGAAAAACACUUACCACCAGACGUUGACAUUGUAUCGGUGCACUCACUGCAUGGGCCUAAAGUGAACACUGAAGGUCAGCCCUUGGUGCUCAUCAAACACAGGUGUCAGCGUGAGGAAUCUUUUGAGUUUGUAGAAACAGUCAUGUCAUCUUUGAAGAGCAAACACGUUUAUCUUACUCAUGAAGAGCAUGAUAAAAUCACCGCAGACACUCAGGCGGUCACCCACGCUGCUUUUUUAAGUAUGGGUGUGGCUUGGUACAAAAAGCAGCUAUAUCCUUGGACCAUCGGAGUCAAUCGGUGGUAUGGCGGCUUUGAAAAUGUGAAGGUUAAUAUCUCACUGCGAAUCUUUUCCAAUAAAUGGCACGUCUACGCAGGACUGGCUAUUACCAACCCUGCCGCCCACCAACAAAUAAUGCAGUACGCGAAAAGUGCCACAGAGCUGUUUGAGCUUUUCGUUCAAAACAGGAAGGAUGAGUUGACGAGGAGACUAUCUGCAGCCAGGAAAUUUGUUUUUGGUAAACAAGAGCGGCCGCUUCUUCUGGAUGACUCGAUAUUGGAAAAAUACUCUCUAAGCCAACAUGAACCACAAGAAGGUGAAAAAACCCUUCCAAACUCGCAUUUAUCACUACUAGCAAUUGUCGACAGCUGGCAUCAGCUUCAAAUUAAUCCUUACGACCACAUCAUAUGUUCGACCCCGUUAUUCAGGAUAUUUCUUGGCGUUACGGAAUAUCUCUUCAUGACGCCCGAUCUGCUGGCAACGACCAUCGAUGCCGCCAUAAAUGGAGAUGCUUUCAGAGCUGACGACCUUGAAUUUGUUAUUGCAGCAAGAUCCUGGAGUACUAUUGUUUCUUUCGAAAGCUAUGAUUUGUACAAACGUCAAUUCGAAGAAGUCCAAGAAUUUUUCAAACCAAUGUUACCUGAGGCUAACGUAAUUGGCAAUGAAAUGAUCAAAACGAUUUUGCGCCAUUGCGAUGAAAACAGCACAUAG